AUGAAAGACCUCCGAAGGUACCUGGUGUUCAAAUACAUCCAAUAUCUAGUCUUACCUUCUCCAAAUGCCAUCAUGACCCUACUGGGAUUGCCCGCUAGUCUGUAUGUCAUGCUGAUAUUGACAUUUCCUUCUGUAUCCAGAAAAUCCACUGUGGUGUUUAUUAGUAACAUAGCUCAGGCAGACAUCUUAGUUGGCUGCAGCAUUUUUUCUACCAUCACAACAGGAGUGACAAAUAGUGAAACAUCUUUAGCUUCUUUUCAAUCUGCCUUGAGGCAGAACUUCCAAAUUGCAAAUGUUCAUGCCAGUUCCCUUUUACUCAGCUGUGUUAGCCUAGAGGCUUUUCUGAUUACUUUUCUUCCAGUAGAGACUCGCCAGAUAAGGAAUGUUAGGUGUGCCAGAGUAGCUUCUAAGAUCAUCUGGGCUGCUGUAAUUAUUGAGUGUUUCCUUUAUCAGCUUGAGUGCAUCAAAGGCUUUAACGUUUCUUAUCUUGGCAUUCAUAGGCAAACUCAGCUAUUGGUGAAUUUCUGUUAUGACACCACAGCAUUGCUGAAAUUACUUGUUUACCCGACUGGAGUUCUUUUAAGAAUCUUCAAUGUUUAUCUUUUUUAUAAAAUUUAUUUCAGGGGCUGCUAUAGUUAG